UUCGAUGGCAGGCCUUGAUUCACAAUGAACACCCAGUCUCUUUGGAUACUGAUUGCCGCUAAAUAGGUGCUCCAAAAGSUUUCUUAUCAAGAAUUUCGUUAGUCAAGCUCUAGUAGUUUGGCAUACACGAGAGGGAAAAUGUCAGAUAAUGACGGGGACGAUGAACUCGCAUUAUCGCUAGAAAGAGCCAGGGCCGACAUGGAAAUAAUUCAAUCCUGCUAUCCCGACGAGAUCUCAUCGCCGUCCUCCUUUGAUGACUCCUCAUCUUUUCCUUUCCAGUUCACCCUCCAUCUUUCAUCGCUCGAUGUUGAUGCAAAAAGCAACAGCAACAGCAAUCUCACGCUUAAACUGGAACAUGGAUACCCUGUUGCAUCGGGUGUCCAGAUUUCCAAUUAUCGCACCGACAGCUUGAAAGACAAGGCACGCCUAGAAGCCGUCGUUCGGUCCGUGCGAAGGGUAUCUGCCGAGUGCCAACAGGAAGAAAUGGAAGGUUGCAUUGCGUGCUGCGCUGUUGCACUAGAAACUUGGAAUGAUUACGAUUGCCAGGACGAAGUCGACGACGGCUUUGGAAACGAUUCUACUGCUGCCGGAGAAACGCCACCAUCUACGAUAGAGCGCAACCACAACAGUGACAAAACACGGAACACAAAACGCUAUGAAUGGGUCACCGGAGAACCCCUUUACGACAGAAAAUCUUGCUUUGUUGCUCACAUAUGCGAAGUCCACUCCGAACAAGAGGUAAAAGAAGCCUUGCACCAAUUGUUGACAAGCAGCUCGAAGAUACAAAGAGCAACCCAUAAUAUGUACGCAUGGCGGAUAGCCGAAACCGUUUCCGACGGCGAUGGCACCAGGGUGGUCAUCAAACACGACAAUGACGACGAUGGAGAGAGUGCUUCCGGCAGCAAGAUGGCCUUCUUGCUGGACAUGAGAAAGGAUGAAAACGUGCUGGUGGUGGUCUCGCGAUGGUAUGGGGGCGUCCAUCUAGGACCGAAGCGUUUUGCACAUAUAGUGAACGUUGCACGAGAGCUGUUGGUCAAAUACACCUCUACAAAUAGGGAGUAGUUGCGACGAAACAGUCUUUUCAGAACAGAACUGGUGGCAACAGAACGGGAUACGAUUGAGCUGGCUCUACAAUGGCUCAAGCGCCGUUGUAUCCAUGGAAGAUUAGAGACGAAGAUACAGAAMUGCAGCAUAGAUUGACUCAAUCGUCACCCAUGCAGUCCUGGGAAACGAAACUCUUUCAGAAAAGGUACAAGACAGUCAAUAAUGGUAGACUUCUUGACGUCCAGAAAUUCACUAUUGACUUCAGUGCAUCUACAAACAAUUUGGUGGAAAGACCUUUUGAUUGCCCAUUUGCUCGCAAAAACUACCCCCAUUCAUCGCCUAAUGAGAAGUCGUGACGAUUCUUCUGCUCCAAUACUUUCAUCUCUAGUUU